AACCAACACAGUCACGCAGGUUCAUAGAAUCGGUAGAUUAAACUUGCAUGGAUUACUUUUCUAGGGUUUUAAGUCCUUUAAAGUCCUUUGCCUAUAUAAGCAGAAACGCUGUUUACAUGAUAUUGCUAUGGGUGAACUCCAUAAAAAGUAAUUAAAUCUAUGUAAACAAUGAACAGUCGCCCCUGGAGUAGCAGCGUUAGCUAACAUCGAUGGAAAGUUAUUCAUGUUUCGCUGUUAAUUUAGGCCACGAUAUGAGUUUGAAAAUAGCGAUUUAUGAUCAUUUGUAAACAAAUAGCAAUGACCAUGGAUCGCAACAAGAAGAGACUGGCAAGUCAGCUGUGUGCCGCGGUGAACGAUGAAGAUCCCAGAUCUGUUCAGCUGCUUCUUUCAAAAGGUGCAAGUCCUGAUGUGGUGGGUAGUAAAGGGGUGGCAGCAAUACAUUUGGCAGUUGGUAAAGAAACUGAGAAAAACAUACGCUGCUUGAAAAUGUUGCUGCAACACAGAGCAGACCCAAAUAUUAGGUCAUCCGAGGGCUUGACUCCUCUUCAUGUUGCUGCACUGUGGGGAUGUUAUCAAAAUCUCAAGCUACUUUUGAUGAAUGGAGGGAACCCAAAUACAGAAGAUAAUGAAGGGAACACACCAAGGCAGCUUGCAGAGCAACAGGACAAUCGGAAAUGUGCUCAUCUCCUUGAGGAAUACCAGGCCAGCUUCACAGAUGCAGAGGAAGACGAGUUCCCUAAGUUUCAGUACUCUGUGUACUCAGACCAGACCGACACAUCCAGCUAUCCUGAAUCCGACUACAGUUUCACUUCCCAGUCAUCUAUGAUAAGUGACUUUGGUGAAGCCCCAUUGAGCAGCACAAGGCGCUCAUCAUUAUUCAACCUGUCAAACAAUAAUGGAAGACCAAAUUGCAGAGGAAUAUCAUUUAACAGACUCUCUGGUCCUUCCUUCCUUUCAAGCACGCGCGUUUCUGCAGUGGAACCUGCAGCUACACUGUCAGUGCUUAAAGAAGAUGUUUUAUCUACUGAUGAAGGAAUUUUUACAACAAAAUCAAAUGAACAGCCUCCUGCAGCGGAGGGCCCGAUUUUUUCCUCCAGACAAGACGCUCUUCCAGCAUUUUGCUCCAAGCAGGGACAGCAGAAAAGUGUGAGCUUCAGAGAUGUAGAUGAAUUUUUCCCUGUUUUCAGCCCUGAAUCUCCCAAACAACAUCUUGCUGAUGAAAGCAGCCAGGGCACCAGCAGCCUACCUUUUAACAUGUCUGAUUACUUUGAUUUCCUGGACUCAGAACGCAUGGCAACUAUUUUACCAAAGCAGGGCAUUGACGUCACGUCACCAGACCACGUUUAUGUUUUCUGCAGGGAAAGCAGCGAGAGCACAGAAGAGGACUUGGAGAAAACAGUCGUCGGCCAUUAUGCUUUAGAAGUGAAUAAUGAUGAACUGGAGGAGCAAAAUGUAAAGAAACCUCAGGUGGAUGUGCCUGAAUGGCGAGCACAUUCCUGUGUUGGCAGCAGUAGCAGUGGUACUACUAGCAGUCAUUAUAGCAGCUGUGAAAGUGACCAUUACACCAGUGCUCUGGAUGUUUCCACACACUCUGGGCUUCUUAUACGCCCUGUUGUAGACAAUGUUUCUGCUGGAACUGAAUCUAAUGAAAAAACUCAGGUUUCUGUUGACUCUGAUAAUAAAUAUACAAAGCAGGGAGCGAAUCGUCCACCUCUUCAAGAAGAACCUGAGAUAGGUCCAAAACCUGAAGCAAUAGAGCCGUUACCUGCUAUGCUUGAUAAACUUAACUUGUCUGAAGCGAAAGACCCAAAGAAUGAUGUAUUAAAGGCUUGUGGUGGUCCUGAUUCGGACACUUCAAGUAAAGCUGAACGUGUAGCUGACAUCAGAUCUGGUGCAACUGGAACAUUAGAAAAAAAUGGUGAACUUAUUUUCACACCCAGUCCUUUUGUCACAGGCAGGACGAGGUCUAGGUUGAGCCGCUGCUCACUGAGAACAAGCAGAACUCCUGAGAGCCUCCUUGCAAUGUCUUCUCUGUUUGAGGAUACCCUGCCUACACCAGUUCGGUCACACCGGCAGACGCCCAGGACUCAGAGUAGUGGGCAUUGCUUCAACUCCCCACAAGCACCUUGCUACACGCCAUCUUAUUCAGGGAGUAGCAACGGCGACUCUGUGGUUGUGGACAGCCAGGAUACACAGACCAGCACUCUUGGAGCAGCUUCAAGUGUCAGUAAUAGCCAAGCUGAUACUCUCAUUCUUUCUAAGAGUUUAUCUGACUCUGCUGGUGAAACACAGUCUUUUUCUGACACAGUUGUACUAGAAAAGAACGAGGAUAAUUCAUUUAAUGCUUAUGAAAGAAAUCUUGCUGAGAUUAUUCUUGCUAUUCAACAGAAAAGGGAUGAAACUGGGGGGUAUUUAACUGAUGAUCUAACUAGUACAGAUGAUGCAAGUACAAAGAGAGAGGUAAAUGAUGCCUCUGCUAAAGAUGAGCUCGGUAGCUUAAAAACCGAUGAUGUCUGGAUUACUGAGGACUGCAGCUCUCAGUCAGACUUUGCAUCAUCCUCUUCAACGUCCAGUUAUUUUUCUCCAAAGAGGUCCAGGGACUCUGACCUUCCUUGUACUCCAGGCACAGGAUGCACUCCAAGAUACAGCGUGAGUAGACUGUCGGUUGGCCGACGACCACAGCGCCUGGCUGAUCUGUCUUACACACCUGGUGGGCGUCCACUCAUUCAGGAAUUGAAUGAACCAGUGGAAUACCUGUACACUGAUACCGAAGGGGGCCAUAAACUGAUUGAGACCCAUGUCCCUCCUACAGCAGACACCUCACUCAGCUCUGGCUUGAGUAAUACUAGCAGUGAGGAGACCAUUCUGUAUGACUGGCGUUGCUUGCAGACUGAAAUGAAACACAACAAAGAAAAGGAGAAUCAGCAAUCCCAAAUGGUGGUGCAGAAAGAGAGGAAUGGGGACUCUGAGGACAGUUUGUUGCCAGAAACCAGAGGGAUGACCGACAAGGAGCUGAGACUGAGGCUAGUGGAGUUGGGAGAGAGUCCAGGUCCUAUCAGCAGUCGUACCAGGCCCACCUACAUGCGAAGGCUAUGCCGCCUUUUACAAGAGUCCCAGUCACAACAUAACCACAAGCAGCUAGAGCAGCCACAGACAGUAGGUUUAGGUUAUAGUCCAGAACUGUGUUGCGUCCUGCAGACCUUCAAAUUGCCCGAUUGCCAAGCUGAUGAGCAGGCUUUGUGCCAGCAGUUCGACCAACCAGAUCAGAACAGGAAGUGGAGAGAGGGUAUAAUAAAAUCCAGCUUCAACUACCUGCUACUUGACCCAAGAGUGACAAAUAACCUCCCCUUCCGCAGUCACACCAUGACUCCGCAUGAGUGUUUCCAAACUUUUAUCCAUGCUAUAUUUUAUGUGGGCAAAGGAAAACGCUCCCGCCCCUACAGUCACCUUUAUGAGGCUUUAGAGUACUAUAAAGGGGACAAAACUGCCAAGAAGCUGUGCCCUAAAGUUCAGCACAUUCUUCAGGUAUGGAACGCCGGGCUGGGCGUCGUGUCUCUGCAUUGUUUCCAGAAUGUCAUCCCAGUGGAGGCGUACACAAGAGAGGCCUGCAUGGUGGAGGCCAUUGGGCUGAAGAUGCUCACCAAUCAGAAGCGUGGAGAUUGCUAUGGUGUAGUUUCCAGCUGGCAGCAAAAGAGGAAACGGGAGCUCGGCAUCCACUUAUUGUAUCGGGCCAUGCAGAUCUUUCUGGCUGAGGGUGAAAGGCAACUCAGACCAGCAGACAUUAGGCAGUAGAAACUCACUGGAAUGGUCUUCUAACAUCUGCAAGAUGCUAAUCGUGAAGAGGGACAUACCACUACUUCCCAGUACAAAGCAGUGCUUUGCUGGUCAAAAGUUGGGUGAGAUUUAUGAAUUAUAGAGAACUUAAGCAUU